AUGUCAAAGGUUGCAAAACGAUGGACGCCAGAAGAAGACCAGAUGUUGCUACGCCAGGUGUCCUGCUCGACAACCCAAGGUAAAGCCAGGGAUUGGACCGCCAUUGCGGCCGGGGUGCCCGGGCGCAGCAAUAAAGAUUGCCGUAAGCGGUGGUGCAACCACCUGGUUGGAGGUCUUCGCAAAGGCUCGUGGGAGACAAGCGAGGACCGCAUACUGGCAGCCAGUGUGGAGCAGUACGGCUUUCAGUGGGCCCUCGUGGCAGAGGAGGUCGGCACUCGGAGUGCAGAUCAAUGUGCGAAGCGUUGGCAGCACUCAUUGGACCCAUCCCUCGACCAUAGCAAAUGGACCACGCAGGAAAGCAAGGAGAAGGAGCUUUUGGAAGCAGUAGAAAAGCACGGCCGCGCGUGGAAGCAGAUUCAGACCCAGUAUUUCCCCAACAGAGCAACAAACAACGUAAAGAACAGAUAUGUAACGCUCGCGCGGAAGAGAGAAGCAGGAGCGGACGGGAGAGACACUCCAAUGACCGACAGUGAAAGCGCGACAGCCGCCUCGCCGAGCUGUGCAACGGUCGUGGCAUCCGUGGAAGAGACUUCUUCGCUGUAUAGAAGUGACGCCGCUUCCACGACCAGCGAGGACCGAAAGGACCGAGGCGAGAUGUUCGACCUUGGCAUGCUCACCAACAUGCGACGCACGACACCUUUCAUGAGCUUGGGAAUGCCGGAUGAGGACGGCUUCACCAACGACAUGUCGUUGGACUUUGGAGAAGACUACAACCCAAUGGCCGAUUCAUCCCCGUCUCGAAGUCUACACAAUCAGACCCGCUCCCAUGGAUCCGCCAGCCAAUCAUCAUCAAACACGCGCUUCGACUCGGCAGCUGACAAACUCUCUGCGCUGAUGAACAUGGAUUUUCUCCCUACUCGUUCGGCCCAGUUUGUACUGACAAUAGACAACCCGUCUCCGGAAACAAUCACGAAAAUCAUAGGCAUACUCAUACAAUCGGACAUCAAAUUCAGAACAGAGAUGAAGUGA